AUUGAUUGAUGUGUAAAUGUACAGAUCUAGUUUGUAGACUAGAGAGAUUGGGUUGGACGUUGGUAAAUGAGGAAAUGUAUGAGAAAGUGACGAUCAUUUACGAUGUUGAGGUGGCGUUGGUUGGAAGUGCCGCCUCAUUUUCUCUCUACCGGUAUUAGUGAAUGAAUCGUUUCGUCUCAUGCGCUCCUACGUCGUUGCUUUGCUGUCGUUGUCGUUCUAAUAUGGUCACGCCCUUUACACAUGUCACGUGACCUACACUGCACAAACUUCCUUGACUUUAGUAGCCAAUUGUGUAUUUCGUAGGGAUGGUAUGGUGGUGUGUAUGGUCUUCCAUCAGCGUUGCAAGUAGCAUGUGCUAAUUCAUGGAUUGAGAUGGUAGACUUGCUGCUACAACAUCAAGCAAACAUAAACUAUCAUGAGGAUGUGUUUGGACGGACAGCUCUACAUUAUGCUUGUUUGAAUGGUCAUUUGUCUAUUGUGGAGAAAGUAUUGGCAGCAGGUUGUAAGAAAGAAGCAAGGGAUAACUAUGGAGAGACAGCUCUGCAUUGUGCUUGUCAGAAUGGUCAUUUGUCUAUUGUUGAGAAAUUAUUGUCAGCAGGAUGUCAGAAAGAUGUCAAGAACAAUGUGAGUGUAUUUGUAUGCAAUAGUAUUUGUGUGUAUUUUGCGAAUUGAGAAAUGAUGUGAAUGAGUGUCAGAAGUCUUUACUUAAAAGUCUAGCAUGCAGUCAUCACUCUUAAUUUGCUGUCAGUCAUCUAAUUUCCACACGAGU